UUUGUUGAGUGUAAACGUUUCUUUCGAAUUUCUCCUUCUUAGUUUUAUUUUAAGUUUUUAACUGAAUUUAAUUUAAAUUUUAUGUGAAUUUGUAAUCGAACACAAUCAUAAGUGGACUAUGAGGGAUAAAUCGAAGUAAAAACUAAUUAAACGUGGAUAAUAAUUAACGAAAUUCCCGAAAUAAAAAAAAUAUAAAACAAGAAUUGUGAAAGAAGCCAACAACAAAAAGUUAAAUGUACGAAACAAUAAUAAUCGACAUAAACAUUCCGUUAUAGAACAAAAGAAAAGAAAAAAAAUUAGAAAUGUGUUAAUUAUAGUGCGAAAGUAUCAACAAGCAGCUAUAAAAAUUGGAGCAGAAAUUUUCAAUUUAAAAAAAAAAUAAUAAAAAUUAACUUUGUGCCACAAAACUUAAAAUUAAAUUUUAAUCCAAAAUGAUUAAGCUAAAGUCAUUGUUCCGUAGAGGACAAAGUGGAAGUCCUUCAGGUUCCAGUUCAUCGAAAAACAAUCAAUCACAAGUGUCGCCUGCACAUUCCGUAGGAAUCAAAAACGCAUCGUCAGCAACAAGUCUCGAUCGUGCUGUAAGUGCAUCUGCAGAACUCGGUGCAACAAGGAAACUCUCAAAGAGUCACAAGCAGUCAUCGAAGGAUAAAUUAAAUGAUUUACUUCGUGUCAGUUCCAAAGAAAAGCUAAUUGAUGAGAAAAAGGAGUUAAAGAAGCAACACAAACUUCAACAAAAACAACAGCAACAAAUGCAGCAAGUUGCACAGCAAACGACAAAUGUUCAUCUACCGACUGUGGUAGCUUCUUCUGGACAUUUGUCAAAUAGUCAGCACUCAGGACGUUCCAAUCCCAAAGAUUUUGAUGUCGUUACUUUUGAGGAAGUUCAAGACAUAAGACAUAAGCAAACGAUGCAAGAACUACAUCAACUGCAGCAAGAAAAUGCGAGCUUGGAGAUCAAGAUAAAGGAAUUAACAACAUCACAUAAUGAAUUACUGCUAUUGCGAAAAGACAUACAGAAACUCCAGCAAACAAAUGAAAUAAAUAAUUCAAAGCUUAAUCAACUUGAAGACGAGAAUGAGUCGUUACGAAUGCGAUUGAGAAAUGUUGUACAAUCGCCAUUAUCUGACGCUGAGAAGCAGCAAAUGAUUGAAGAUACGCGCCAUCAUAAUUCAGCUCCUGCUUCAAUCUCAAUGACACUUCCAAACUUUGGUCCAAAUACUGAAAUGGAUGGAUCUUGUGUAACCACGCCUGAUUGGGAUAAACAAUCAUCCAGCAGUGAGGUUUCCGUAGCAUGUUUGCAAGAUAAAAUUAUUCAAAUGGAAGAGACACAUCAUUCGACUAAUGAGGAGCUGCAGGCAACAUUACAGGAACUUGCUGACUUACAAAAUCAAGUCUUAGAACUACAAAAUGAUAAUGAACGAUUGUCAGAUGAAAAAGAUGUGAUUUUCCAGUCAUUAUGUCGUCAGACUGAAAAAUUAGAGGAUACUCGUACGCAAGUCGAGACAUUACAGAAAUUACUCUUACGUGAAUCGAAUCAUCAAGAUACAGCAUCAUCAGAACGCGAGCAGAAAUUAAUGGAUUUAUUGAAAAAUGCGCAAGAAGAACGUGAGAGCUUAAUGAUUAAAUUAGAGGAAUUGAAUUCGGAAUUGAAUGAUAAAAAUCAAUCAUUGGAAACGUUUCAAUUGGAAAACAGUCGCUUAAAAGAGAGAAUUAGCGUUCUCGAAUCAACAAUCGAUGCAACAACAGCCGACCGUAAAGAAAUCGAACGUCAAUUAAGUGCAUCGAAGGAGGAGGCAUCGUCGACGAAAAUUGAAGUAACUCGCCUCACAACAUUACUAGAGAAUGCACGAUCUAAAAUUGACGAAUUGGAACAAGAUCGAGCACUCGGCGAGAAAUCAGACUUGGGCGAAUUACUCGACAUUGCACGUAAAGAGAAAGAUUAUCUUGAAAUUGAAAUAACAAGUCUGCAAGAGCAAUUAUCAAAAAGUCAAAAUGAAACACAAAAAUUGCGUGAUCAACUUGCUGGAAUAACGGAGGAAUGUAAAGUUACUAGAAAUAAUGCCAAAUGUGCAUUAAGUGAUUUAGAAUAUAAAUAUGAACAAUUGAAACAAGAGAAACUUAAAAUACAAAGUGAUUAUCAAAUACUUGUCGAUACAACAAAUGAACUUCAAGUUCAAAGUAAAUGUCAUAUGGAAGACAAAGCUCAAUUAGAAAAUCUUCUAUCCGAGACCCAACGGCAUCUUGUGGAUACAGAACGUCAGCUGGCCGACAACAAUGAAAAGCUUGAUUGUGAAGUUCGAGCUAGAAAAUUAGAGAAUGAAGAGUGGGAACAAUUCCAGCAAGAUCUCCUUGUGUCCGUUCGUGUGGCAAAUGACUUUAAAACAGAGGCUCAACUCGCUCAUGAACAAAUGGCUUUAGAUAAUAAGUUGUUACGUGAUAAGAUUCGCGGGAUGGAAACACAAAUUGAGAAACUUAAUAAGCUAAAAUCAUUAGACGAUGAAAUUCAUCCUGUGAAACUAACACAUGCGCCAUACAAUGAGACGAUUGAAAGACAAGAGACUACAAUGCAAGAAAAGGAUGGUAGUUCCAAUGAUGAAGUUCAAUUUGAAAUUAAUCGUAUGAGAAACUCAUUGAAUGCAUUGACAUUGAAAAACUUUAUGUUUGAUGUGAAGAAUGAGAGUGAAGAAGAAAUAAUAAGAAUGGAAGUAAAAGAAAUUGAAGUGACUGAGGAACUGGCUAAACCUCCAUUGAGGCAGGCAUCAUCAAAGCAUAGACAAGAGAGCAACAGAACAUACAGCGGCUUAAUCAAUCAAGAUGAUAUUCUCAAGGCAUUGAUGGAAAGUCAAGAAGAAAUUAAUGAUGCUGAAAAUUCAGUCAAGCAGAAACAGAAAGUGAAGUUUGCAGAAGAAGACGAGAUAGAUGGUCGUCCGAAAGCAUUAAAAGACUCUUCACGAGAGUCAGACGAAGUUGCGAUAAUCAAUGAACUUCCAUGGCAGAAAAAACAUCGCGGACAUAAGACAGUAACGCCAUACUUUAAGCCAAAAAAUAAGAUUAAGGCAUUGAGCAAUGAAAAUGUAUCGGAAGUUCCGAAACCGAUUGAAUUUCAGCCAAUUGAAAGGAAUCGAAGUAGUGAGAACAUUCCAAAACAGCUUGUUCGUCCAGUUCCAAUAUUAUUUUCAUCAAAAAGCUACCAGGAACUGCCAACAAAAUUCGAACCAUUUGAUAAUUUCCGAACAAAAUCCAGUGAUGACCUGCUCCUCGAUGAUAUCGAUGGAAUCCGUAAAAUCACAGAAAGCAAAACUCAUAAAUUAUUGAGGAUGCGAAGUUGUAGUAAUAACAGCUUAGAUCGAUCCAGUGACCAGAUAAUUUACGAGAACUUUAAUUAUGAAGUUCCACUUUCUGCUGAUCAAGUAAUGAUGAGAACGAAAAAAAAGCCAUUGCCACAGCCACGAUUAAGUGCUGAUGUGAAUGAAUUAAAGAAGCGUACAUCCAAAACAGUUGUCUAUGUGCUCGAUAAGCAAAAGGAUGAAUUUGUUCUUCAACCAUCCGAAAUUGACGAUGCAUAUGAGAAUGUUCUCGUUCAAAACAAUGUCGAUGCGUAUCAUGAUUCAGACUUUUUCAAUUCCCUUCUAAGUUCUCGUGAUGAUUUAGUAACAUCAUCAAAUGAAUCACAACAAUCUAUAUUAACGACUGUACAGCAAGAAAUGGCUCAACGUCGUAAGCAGAAAAGUAACGGAAAUCCAGUAGUAGUAAAAAAUGGUACAGCUCCAAAUAAUAAUGGUAUUGUGGCAAACACUACGUUCAUGACACGACAAGACUCUCGAUUGUCAGUAAAAAGUUUAAUUGAAAGCAUUGAAAACACUUCAAAGCAGACGAAAGUGUCGACAGAUUCGCAGUCGGGAUCAAAUACGAGUCUAAAUAACUUGACGGCUAUAGAACAACAAAAUAAUAAUAAUAACAAUAAUAUUACUGAAAAGUUAUCGACGGCAACGGAUCAUGAGAAGCAGCAGAAAAAUUUAAAUAAUAAUUCAAUUACAAAUAAUCACAAUAACAUACUUACAACAUCCAAUAAUGUUAAUGUUAAUGGAACGCAAAAGAGUGGAGUGACGAAUCCACAAAAGACUGAUGAUCAAUUCUAUUCAUCAAUUUUAACGUCACAUAAUUUAAAUCAUAAACAUGAUUAUGUGAGACGGAAUAGCUACGGUGAUAUUAGCGAACGAAAAGAUCCAUUGAAUGCAUUAGUCAAGAAUGGUGGAUCAAAACGUAAUGCUUUGUUAAAGUGGUGUCAAAAUAAAGUUGUUGGAUAUCGAAAUAUUGACAUAACUAAUUUCAGUUCAUCGUGGAAUGAUGGGCUAGCAUUAUGUGCAUUGAUGCACUCAUACUUACCAGAAACUAUACCAUAUGACGAGCUUACACCACUUGAUAAGCGACAAAACUUUAGUUUAGCAUUUGCAUCGGCUGAAAAAGUUGGAAUUAAGACGACAUUGAAUAUUAACGAAAUGUGUCAACUUGAACGACCCGAUUGGCAAUCGAUAAUGUCAUACGUGACUCAAAUUUAUAAGCACUUUGAGUCGCAGCCUUAGAGCUACAAACUAUUUCCUUUCUUGAUGUAUUAAUCCUAUAUAUGUAGAGAAAUGAAUGAAAGCAAAGCGUGGACAGUUCUUCUCAUUGUUGUUGAAUUUACUUUAGCAUAUAUUUUUAUUUCUCGUCUGUAAAUGAAUUAAUUUUUGAUGUAAAAUUAUUUUGAAAAUUUUGAAAAAAAAACUAAGCGAAAAAGAAGUAACAAAAUUUUCCGAGCAACCAAAAGUAAAGGAAGGAAGAAAAAAAAUUAAAUCGCAAUGGAGGGAAAUUUGUUGGAUUUGAGGAGAUAAUAGUGGGGACUAAUAAGGAUGUUAUGCUAUGUUGAGGACUAAUAAGAGAUUGAUGAAAAAAAUAACGGAUGUUGAACUGAUUGAAAGACUUUUCUGGAUGUUCAGUUCCUUCCCCUUGAUUAAUAUCUUGUUAAAAUGCUUUUGAAAUAUUCAGCCUUUAAUUACAAUUGGAAAGAUUUCGAGAUUUCCAACAUUCUGUUAUCAAUUGUACUGUCGAAGUUAACAACAAUCGCUUGAAUCAAGCUAUACAUAACUGAAUCUGUCAGUGCAAGAAUAAAGUCUUUGUGGCUGAAUGAUUAAACACAAGACCGGAAAUUCAAAAUCCUUUUUUUUUGUAAAGACGUGGGUUCAACUCCUAAUUGAAACUGAUUAAAUCAAUCGUGAUUAAUAAGAUUUUUGGUAUCAAUGCAGAAUACUGAAUGAUGAUCAAAUCAUAACGGCCACUUCUGGUCAGUAAAAAGUGCAUUUAAGUGUGAAAAUCAGUAAAUCAGAUCCAAACCCUUGAUAAGAGCACGUUAACGAAAAUUCAACUCAAAUUUACUCAAAGAUCCUAAGAUAUCAGCCUUGCCCAACACAAAAUUCUAAAUUAAAAUCAAGUCCUUCAUUGUAAAUCUUUCAAAUCUCCUCAACCCUAAAGCAACCCUAAAGAAUCCAAAAGAAUUUUCCACCAACAAAAGAAAAUCCAAAACAAAAUAUUGAAAUGUGUAUGCCUUAAAAAGAAUGUCCGCAAAAGAAUAUAAAUUUUAUAUCGAACAAAACAAAAAUCCUAAUUGGAAGUAAAAAAAUGUAAACUUUAAAAGAUAUUUUUGAUAAAUGAAGAAAAAAUGUGCGUGUGAGAUUUAAAGUAAAAAACAAAUUCCUAAAAAGAAAAUGAAAACCAUGAGCAGACUGACAAAUAAAAUUAUGCAUAACUUUUGCAUGUUGACAUAUUAUUGAAUAUAACUACUUUUUUGCAGCUCCAAAGUUCUAGUCAGUAACGAGUUUUUAUGUUUUACAUUUUGUUUAUUGAGCUAAUUUCGAGAGCAUUAAGCAAUUUGUAAUUCUGUUGAAUUAAUUUUAAAAAAUUUUUUAAAAAAAACUUUUCGAAUUUUUUUUUAAGAAAAUCGUAAUCCAUUUUUUUGUAAUUUUAAGUUUUAUACACAACAAGCAUGCAUUUUAAG